GGUGUGGGUGGCAUGUCUGAAAAUUGACCCUAUUGACCCCUUUGCAUACUAUUCUAUUUAAUGCUCAUUGCUUACAACGUGUUGUAAAUACAAAUUAUAGACUGAUUGCAGUGAAUCCCUUCACACAAUUACAAGUACAGUAAGAUCUGAAUACCACCGUCAUCCAACCAAGAGCAACUACCCCGUCCUGCUGUUGUGCAUGCACUAUGAACUAUGACUCACUAAAUAGCGAAACAUUUGGAGAAGCUUCAGCUGGUGACUGGAGAGUGGGACAUGAGGCAUAUGUACGCAGUAGCUCCUCUGGUCCUGACUCCACAGAUGAUGAGGCAUUGAGUGAUGGGCUAACUCAACAACUGAAGGGACUUUGGCCCACAUCACCAGGUGGACAAUCGUCUCUACCCAACAUCUGGUCCUCCCCUGAGUUACCACACAGACACACACAACAGCGUGGUGAUGUGAUAGGGUCACCCACUAUACCAGUGGGAGGGAGAGUACUCACAGUAGAGGAACUGGAACAGCAUGUAUCUCCUCUUGAGACCCCACCCACACAACGCCCACUCAGACCACCCCCUGGUAUUAGAAUGCCACAACUACCACCUCAUCCGCUCAUGGGUCAUAACCAACGAAUGGGAUUGCCUCCUCCAUUUCUGAUGCGAGGGGGACUUCCCCCCCAGAGGUACCCCAUGUAUAUGAGACCUCCUCCCCCCAUGUUCCAACAUCCCCCUCAUCAUCGUGUACUACUACCGCCCUCAGCCUUCCACCAUCACCCUCCUCCUCAACAGCAGUACAGGUGGCCACCACAACAACAUAGUGAGAUGAUGCCAGUGCGGAGGAGCAGGAGAAGUGAAUACUUAGGAGAGAUGAAAUCAGAUGGUUCAGGGUUCAUGACACAGAGGGAGAAAGAGUGGGUCAUCAAGAUACAGCUCAUCCAGCUACAAUCCUCUGAUCCAGCCAAAGAGGACUACUACUAUAUGAACUAUAUCAAACGCAAGCAAGAGGGUAGACAGACCACCUCCUAUGAAUCCAAUGAAGGCCUGGCACUACCCACUGUUGAGCAUGAGGACAGGAAGUACACACCCACUGAGUUUACUGGAGCACUGGGAAAGUUAUCAGUGUCUAGUCUAGGUGCUCCUAGACGAAGGAUUGAUGUGGGCGUGGCCGGAGGUGAGGCCGGCAUGGAAAUCACUCGCAAGAAAACAGCUAUCAUAAUCAUAGAGAAGUUGUUCCCACAACUACUUGAGUUGGAAGAGCUGGAUAAGAAGUAUCAAGUUGCCAUGGAUACAGAGUUGAGAGCAAACAUAUUGACUGUGCUGCAAGUCAAGACACACUCUUCAAAGAGUGAGCUGGCUCUGUUCUAUCAGAUACUGGCCGUGCGUAAAGGCAAGAGACUCAUCAAGAGACUGCUCCCUCUUUUAACUGAUGAGCAAGGCCAGUGGAUACUGUGUGCUGUAUUGCAGAACCUCCCCUCUAUUGUUAGAAGAGAUACAACUGAUCAGGUACUUCCUGAGUGGACCCCCUGUGUAAGCCACCUCCUCUCUAAACUGCCACUCUCAUCACUCAACACGUGUCUACACGCUCUCUUGGAGGGGGGAACUACUGGCCUAGGGAAGGUGGCACAGACACAGUUUGGAGCUAGACUACUGAACGAGCUAUUAACGAAGGGCCAUGCUCAACCUAACCACCAGAAGACUGACAAGGAGACAUGGCACCAGCUGUCUGGUCAUCUGAUGACAGCGCUGACCCCCCACAGAGAUCACAUGACCUCCCAACAGCCACACAUUGUAGCACUACUACAAACACUCGACAAUACUAGCCUAUAAUAUAAUUAUACACGCUCACGCUCCCUGCAUGUACGCUGUUCAUUUACUCUGAAUCUGUUCUGUCAGAUCUUGUGCAUAAUUAUAUUUUUCAUACCAUCUUAUAUCCUUUUUUGCA